CCCCCCGAGCAGAACUCCUCCCCUGCUUGUCUUUAUAAAAUCCUGUUUCUUAUUUGCACGUUGUUCUGUUUUCUUGAAAUUUAAGAAAUUAAGCUGAAGAUGUCAAAUUCAAAGGAUACACCACCGAAGAAGGACGUAGAAUCGCCGGCGACUGAAAAUAAAACACCUGCGGCGGAGACAGGAACUGGGUUUGGUGUUGCGCCGAUUACAAGGAGAUGGAGAAGAGAGGACAUGUUAAAGAGAGGGUCAUUAGCAUUGAGAGGAUUGGCUUUCUUAUUUUCUUUGCUUGCUUUUAUCAUCAUGGCCAGUAACAAACAUGGAGAUUGGAAAGAUUUUGAUAAAUAUGAAGAGUACAGGUAUUUGUUGGCAAUAGCAAUACUUUCGACUUUUUAUACGGCCGGGCAAGUGUUAAGACAUGUUCAAGAGCUUUCGACUGGGAAACAAAUGUUAGAAAAGAGGACUUCUGCCAUGGUUGAUUUCUUUGGGGAUCAGAUUGUGGCCUACCUGUUGGUAUCUUCAGCUUCUUCAGCAGUUCCCUUGACAAACAGAAUGAGAGAAGGAGCAGAUAACAUAUUUACUGAUUCCUCAGCAGCAGCCAUUAGUAUGGGGUUCUUCGCGUUCAUAUCAUUGGCAUUAUCAGCUCUUAUUUCAGGAUAUAAACUAUCAACUCAAUCUUACAUUUAAAUUUCUGUCUUUCGGUGAGUCUAAUUAGUUGCUGUCUUGUAACCAACCGGGACAUUAAAAUGGUUGGUUAGGAUAUGGACCUACACGACAAUUGGG